AUGCCCAGUGAUGGUGGAACGCACAAGACCACAGUAUCUUUGUCUAUUACGCUACUUUCUUUCUUUCUUUCUUUCUUUCACUCUUUCUUUCUUUCUUUUCUUUCUUUCUUUCUUUUCUUUCUUUCUUUCUCAAAUACAGAUUAUCUUUCUUUCUUCUUUCCCUUCUUUCUUUCUUUCGUUCUUUCUUUCUUCUUUCCCUUCUUUCUUUCUUUCGUUCUUUCUUUCUUCUUUCCCUUCUUUCUUUCUUUCGUUCUUUCUUGCUUUUUUAAUGUUUUUCUUUCUUUCUUUCUUUUAUCUUUUUCUUUUUCCUUUGUUCUCAUUCUUUUUAUCCUUUACCGUUUCUUUUUCUUUCUUUCUUUCUUUCUUUUCUUUCUUUUUUUUUUCUUUUCUUUUUGCUUGCUUUCUUUCUUUCUUUUCUUUUUCUUUCCUCCCUUCUUUCCUCCCUUCUUUCUUUCUUUCUUUCUUUUUUUCUUUCUUUCUUUCUUUUUUUCUGUACUUUCUUUCCUUCGUUCUUUUUCUUUCUUUCUUUUCUGUCUUUCUGUCUUUCUUUCUCAAAUACAGAUUUUCUUUCUUUUCUUUUCGUCCUUUUCCUUAACGUGUUUCUUUCUUUUUCUUAGUGUGUUUUCUCCUUUCUUUGUUUUUAGUAUCUUUCUUUCUUCUUUCCUUUCUUUCUUUCUUCUUUUCUUUCUUUCUUUCUUUCUUUCUUUCUUUCUUUCUUUCUUUUCCAAUUCCCCUUCACAUUUUCCAGCGGCUGUUAAAACACUACUAUGUUAA